AGUGUUGAAGUGCUUUGCCCUGUGAUAUGAGCUGCAAAGUUGUACAGGAUGCUUGGUGCGAGUUCUAGCUUACAGGAGAGUGGUCUUGACGCCCUUAUAUUGAAUGCAACAAACCCUCUGGUUCGGCAUGAGGAUCCCAACUCGGUGCAAGCAGUUGUUCAGGCCGUGUGUCAAGAUCCUGUUCCUGCCUCAGCUGUUGCAGUACGCAUCCUUGCUCACAAGAUACACUCUCCUCAGCAGCGUGAGGCUAUGAAGGCACUCUCAGUGAUCCAAGCCUGUAUUGUGAACUGCGGUCCCGCCUUCCAUGCGGAGAUUGGCAAGUUCCGCUUCCUCAACGAGAUGAUCAAGCUGGUGUCACCAAAAUUUGCAGGUCAGGUGACCUCGCCAGAGAUUAAAUCAAGAGUCAUUGAAUUGCUGCACUGCUGGAGCAGAGAUCUCACUGAAGAACCAAAGAUUGCUGAAGCUUAUAAUAUGCUGAAGAAACAAGGCGUAGUCAAGGAGGACCCAGCUUACAUCGGUCCAUUAUUCGCCACGACGCCCACGCCGCGCCCUGCGAGCUCGACCAUUGAAGACUCUGAGCGCUCGCAGCAGCUGCAGCGCCUCCUGCAGAGCAAGCGGCCUGAGGACCUGGACAAAGCAAACGCCCUCAUCCAGGCCAUGGUGCGCGACGACCAGCGACGCAUGGAACGCGCCAACAACACCCUUAUGGAGCUUGAGAUGGCCCGCAACAACGUCAAGGUGCUGGACGAGAUGUUGAGUGAGCACGAGCAACGUACGUGUGACUCGACGCACGUGUCGCUCAUGGCUGAGCUGCACGCGACCUGCACGCGCCUGCGCAGUGCGCUCUACCAGACCAUCGCGCAGAGCACCGACGCUGCUUCUGAACAUAUCGGAGAGAUGAUCGCCGUCAACGAGGACCUGACGCGGGUGAUGGGCCGCUACGCCCUCCUGCUGCAGGCCCGCGCCCCCACCGCUGCCUCGGCGCCCCCGCAGCCCCGCCCCUCAGACAGCGGGGAGGUGCUGCUGGAUUUGUCCAGCCCCCACAAGACGAGCAGCAGCGCCGCGUCAGCUGACCUCGUGCAGGAGCAACUCAGCAGGUUCGGCCUGGCUGACGACCUCCCUGCUGCUCCCCCCGCCCCCACCACCCCCUCAGCCCCAUGCAGUGCAGCAGUGCUGCUGCAGGAGCUGGACUGUCCCACGUCCUCUUCAGUGGCGGGGCCUCCCCCGUGUUUUGAUGUAGCACAGCUCGCUCCUGACGGGAGGUCCCCAGACCACUCCUCCCCGGCUGAGGGGCUCGACCCUCCUCUCAUCCCUCUGUCAACCCCCGUCACUGCGCCCCAGACCGCGCCAGAGCCGAGCAUCUCGCACGUGGACCCCCUGACAGCCUUGAGCUCGUCUCUGCUGCAGUCUGUGCUGCCGCCUAACCAGACGUCGCUCGGCCACUCCUUCUCUGCGCCCACCAAGCUCUCCAUGAACCAAAUGAAGCUAAUGAAAGCCAGCGCCCCUCCUGCCUCUAUGCCCACUUCUUCAAGUAGCCCUCUUGAUCUCAAGCCAACACCCGUGAGCUCCAGUGAAGUCUUAGAACACAAGCUGCCCUCGGAGAAUGUUUCCUUAGCUCCCAGUGAAUCAAAAGCAACUUCGAAUUCCAUUAUUUCUGGCGUGCUGGAUAAUUAUACAUCUGGUGUUACUGGACCACGUGCGGCAUGCGCUGGCGAGACCAGCCGUGCUGUGCCUAAUAUUUCAGGGAGCAGUCAUGGCAGUGCGGCGUGUAACUCUGGCAUUAAACUAGCGAAUGGCAACAUAGAAUGUCUCUUGAAUGGCGACAACCCAAGCGGUAAGAAGGCCGACUACGACACGGGCUCACUUUCUCGCGCACAGUUCCUGGACGUCAAGCCUCCAACCGACAUCUGCGUCGACAUAGAGUCCAUACAGCCAGGCACGCGCGCUCCGAUGACGCUCAUAGAGACGCGUGCCGUGAGCAUGACGUUGCACCACACGCUCAACGCCCCCCGCGCCGAUGUGAGCGUCUACGUGCUCACCACGACGAGCAGGAGCGCCGCGCCCCUCACGCAGUACCUCGUGCAGGCGUGCGUGCCCCGCGCCUGUCGCGUCCUCCUUCUGCCGCCCUCCGCCCCCAAAAUAGGAGGAGGCUGCAACCCCAACCAGGUGAACGUGUCGCUAAAGCUGAUGCUGAGCUACAACAUCAAUGGCGACACCGUCACUGAAAUGGCCGAGGUCGACAACCUGGAGCAAUAAAAAGACCAUCAAGUGCGACUGGACAAAUUGUGUGUUUAAAUUAUUCAAACAAAGUGAAAUUAGUUACAACUUGAGACUGUGGCUUGCAACAAUCAUCAUGUCAGGUGAAAAAUUGCAUAAUUAUUUGAGGAGUUAGCAUCAAACCAUGCCAGCUGAGAAAUACAUAAUAUACUGGAUUGAAAAUCUUUUCAAGUUUUGCAACGACACCCAAUGAAGAACAGUUCCGGUAGAGAAUCGUCUCAAUGAGUUAGGUAUGGUGAGUUAAGUAUGUAUGGUGAGUUAAUUAUCCAGUCAUACUUCAUGGCAAUGAAGUUUGACUAUAAAUAUUUCGUGUACUCCCGUCCUGUCCGGACUGUUUCAGUCCGUAUCCGCAGCUGUGCUGCGUGACGCGCUAGUCUCUCAUCCAAAGUGCCCGCGGCUGCGGUAGCCCCUGGCCUAGUCAGGCCCGUGCUCAGCUUCUGUUUCUGGGCUUUCUUUUGUAAUGUUUUUUGAGGAUCUGUAACGUACCAGCGAAGAUUUCUCACCGUUUCAACUCGCCAAAUGCGCAAGUGAUAGUCAAGUUACAACUGUUCUUUUUUUCUGUUAAUACAGAAAUGGCCUUUAAAUGAUAUUAUUUAUUGUUACUCAAUUUGUCCCAAUGCAACUCAGACUCGCGGCAUCGUUCGUUUUGCCGACGACUUUUUUCCGCCGCACUAGACAUUACAGCGCCUGAGGGACUGGCCCUUGAGUGGCGUGUCCUGAACAUGUGUAAGCUUGCUACAAUUUAUGAUGCCUAUUUAUUAGCAUCAGUGGCGUGACUAUGUACUUAGUUCGCAUUGUAAAACUAGAAAACGCAGUUACGCUAGAGCGGUGAAUGCGGUUGAUAUUAUUUACAAUAUGCACAGUAUCCAGUUUUGCUCGGCAAGUGUGUUUAUUAGGAGAAUGAGAUAUUUAUGUUACUUCUUAAUAUUUGAUAAAAUUUUAAUUUUUGAUUUCCUUGCUGACAAUGUAUGUUGACUUAGAUUUUAAGUCCCAGUGAGUAAGGAAGAGUAGUGUCUUUCAAAUCUGUUAUAGUAUGAUGAGUUGAAAAUAAAUAAGUUAAUUUAUUCCGUUUCUUAUCGUAGUUUAUAUGUUUUAUGCCAGCUUGCAAUGACAUUCAUUUGGCUGUAACACAUAAUAUGUCACGGUCGCAUAACAAGAAUUAUCUUUGUGAUUAUCAUAGAGAAUGAACUUUUUAACAUGAUAAAUCAACACAAUUCCGCAUGAUUAAUUCAGCCUUUUCAACAUACGUCAUUUUCUUGUUCAACGUGACCUUUUAUAGGUGAUUGCCCGCUAGCUACUGGUCUCAGUUGCAGGUAUAUUGGCACAGAUAAAUAGGAUUUCUGA